UUGUGUCAGUAUUGGAUGAAUUGGUCACAAUGGUGAGGCUUCUGACACACACCGAGGAGCUGAUAUCAUGACAAUAGUAGAGUCGGCCAUCUCAAUGUUACAACGGGAAUGUUGAGUUGAGAGGAGGGGAUGAUUUUGAUAAAUACAUCCAUGGAUGCGCUGGUCCCGCUUCAGGCGCUGCUCUAACUCCGCCUGUCACGUACCUCGCGAUUGCUCUCGCAGUAGGACCGUAGCGCAGUAUACAGACGAGAAUGUAUUGAGCAUUUGCUGUACCGUCGAAACACCCUGUCAGUCGCAUAACAGAGCCGAAUUCGUGGAUACUGCGAGACACGACCCAAAAGCUGAUGCAAGCGUACGAGACAUGACGCGGAUUAUAUCUCUCGCGCGCACGCGAAGACCUUCCUUAAGAAAGCCUAAAUCGUGUGACAUACUGGUACCAAGCACACGUUUUGGUCGCGGAAAGACACAGGUAGACGUCCAUACUUCAUGGGACAAACCGACAAGAAUGGGAAAUUUUGGGACUUGGGCAAGGCGAAGUCAAUGCGGAAGUUCUACCACAAUCAAGUGGAGGAUUGGCGAAAUUGAGGAGCUCUGGUUAUGGCCUCGAAACCAAAGCUCUUACGCGAAAGCUCCCCUCCAAAUGUUCAGCACAAUGUUGAUUGGGAACAAGAAUCAGGGUGUAAUCAGGUAAAGUACAUCUAAAGAGGGUAUAUUACCGUAGCGGUAAUGGUGACACUUGAACAGCGUCGUCGGUUGAAUAUUAUUUUGCCAGAGUGGAGGAAGUCGGAGUG